AUGUAUCUUGUUGAAGUCGGCAUUCAAAAACUCCGCGAGGAGCUCAUGACCCCCGAGUGGAAUGUUCCGCUCAUCUUCGUUGGUGACGUUGGCGGGACGAGCGCACGCUUGGGUUUCGCGCGCCACAACAAGGACGAUUCGUUCUGUAUCGCCAUCACGCGGUACCGCAUGAAAAGCAAGGACAUUGCGGAGCUUUUGAAAUUCUUUAAAGAGAUCCUUGAAGUGAUGCCUGCCUCGAUUAUUGCACGUGUGACGGCGGGCGCGAUCAACGUGCCUGGUCCUGUCACGAAUGGUGCUGUGGGUGGACCCUUUAACAAUCUGAAGGGGCUUGCGCGCCUGUCAGACUACCCGACUGCACUUUUUCCGCCUGGCCGCAGUGCCAUUCUUAACGACCUCGAAGCGGGCGGAUUCGGUGUUUUGGCUGUCAGUGACGCACACAUCUUCCCGGAGUACUUUGAACUGAUGUGGGAAGGCAGCCAGUGGCGCGCGUGUGAGCGGCAGGCUGCGGGGUCCGUUCUUGGCCGUGGUCGCUGCGUUGUACUGGCGCCUGGCACUGGACUUGGCUCCUCCCUCAUCCACUAUAACCCCAUGGGCCAGCAGUACGUCGUUCUUCCACUGGAGCUUGGCUCGCAGACUCUCUCAAUGCGGAAAGACAUCGACUACAUUGAGACCCUCAGGGCAGAGCUGAAGCGUCUUCCCAGCUUUGAGAACAUGGUGAGCGGGGCCGGGCUGGAGUUUCACUACAGGCAGGCGGUGGGUGGACUCAAGCCUCCGCUCUCAGCCGCAGAGAUUGCGAAGCUUGCAAGUGAGGGUGACGCAGCCGCCUGUAAGGCUUUGAAGAAGUUCAACGCGUACCUGAUGCGCGUUGGCAGCGAGGCAAGCAUGGCCUUUGUGCCCCUCACCAUUGUCAUCAUCGGGGACAAUGUCGUGAACAACAAGUUCUUCUUCGAAAAUCCAGAGAACUUGAAGGAGCUCCGUCGUGAGGCACUCAACCACGAGAUGGAGCGCUUUGGCUUUCAGAGCCGCGUGACUUACCUGCGCCAGAAGAAGCUGUUAAACCUGAACCUGAUUGGCUGCUACCAGUGCGGCCAUAACUUCACCGCGAAGAAAACUCAGCUGGCGAAACUGUAG